AUGAAUUGCAAGCACGGCAAGGGAACCGUAGCUGCCGGCUCCACGCAGAGCCCCCUGUUCUGGAGUAAGGCCUGCUUCUGCAGCAGCCAACAAAAGGCGACGCCGACGGCACGGACGGCAGCGGCGCGCUUCGGGCGUGGUGGCAUUGCCGAAGAAGCCGCGGCCAAGGACCCUCCGUUUUCCCAACCUGCCAAACCCACCGAAUCAACUGAUGACGGCGGCAGUACUCAGUACAGGCAGGCACAACAUGAGCAGCCGCAACAGCAGCGGCGGCAGCAGCAGCGGAGGCGGCAGUUCGGCCCGGAACCACCUCCUCCCUCAGAUCCCGCGGGGGUCGGCUCUCGAACCUCCAUGGCGGAGAAGGGCCCUGCGCCAUCGGUUACAUCUCCGUCGCCGCCGACGGGCAGGACUGGCGGCGUGGCGGAGGCAGCAGCGGCAGCGGCAGCUACUGCUCCAAAGCGGCGAGGGAGGCCGCCUAAAGCCAAGGCGUCGGAGGUCAGCAUCGCUGGCCCGGCGCCGCCGCCGCCGCCACAGCAACCAGCGCAAUCCUCAGCAACGAUACCGUUGGCGGAGGCGGCGGCGGCCGUGGCGGCGGCCAUUGUCCCUGAGACCAGCAGUAACAGUAGCAGUAGCGGAAGCAGCGAGCGGCGAUCCUUCGGACCUGAGCCGCCGUCACCUUCGCCGCCGCCCCGGUCUGACGGCGGCGACGGCAUGCCGUUCCCGUUCACCCUUCCGGAAGACCCCCGCCAGCUUAACGCCGACGACAUCCUGGACCUGCCCCUUCCUGACCCACGGGUCGGUGAGCGCUUCCGCCUGGGUGGCGACCUGAGCGAGCUGGAGGAGCUGGGGGAGGCCGCAGGCGUCGGAGGCGCUAGCAGCGGUGGCGAUGACGGCGACGGCGCCGACGACGACGCGGACUUAGACUACGACGAGCUUAUCGCGUUGGCGGGGCGGGUAGACGCCGCUAGUUACGUAGCUCGCGCAUUUGAACGCGCCAAGCAGGGCUUGGACCCCGUGCCUGAUCCUGCGUUGCGGGAUGUGGAGGCAGAAGUCGAAGCACCCGCCGCGCCCCCGUCUCGGAAUGUUGGGGUGGAGGGCCGCCGAAACACAGACGACGAUGCCGACGACGACACCGCGACGGCAGCAGCAGCGCCGCCCUCUCCGCAACCGCCUUUACUUGACGCCGUCUAUGUCGAUGACGAAGUGGAAGAUUACGGGGGUAACGCCCCCGGCGGCGGCGGUGGUACGGCGGAAGAAGCCCAGGUCGCGGCGCAGCGGCGGGUUGCGUUACUGGUGGAUUUGCUGGCGGCCUCGGGUGCGGAACUGGAAGCCAAGCUUGAGGCCGCCGCGCCGGAGGUGGACGAGCAGCUGCUCGCUCUCCUGGAACGGCGUUACACCGCGGCACUGACGCUGCGUCAGGACGCCGCCGCCGUUGAGCGCAUCGCAACGCUGUACCGGGCCCUGCGGUACAUGUACGAACGCCGUACGUCGAGCCCUGCGGAGCGACUUCUGGACGACGUCCUCGGCAUCUUGGGGGACGUGGAGCUGCAACCAGAACAGGAGCGGCGGCGCGGCGAAGCCGCUGCUAGGCUCCGUAACGCCUUCACUGGCGGCAUGCUGGACGUGGACGUGUUCACGGCGGCGGAGGCGCUGGCGGAGGGCCGUCAGGCGGCAGCGGAGGCGCUGGCGGGCGAGCAAGUCUCUCUGGAGUCUUUCAAGGCGGAGGCGAUGGGUUUAUUGGACCAUGCCCGGCGGGUACAGCAAGACACAACCUCAAGCUUGGAAACAAUCGAGAUGGAGGUUGCGAGGCUGCGGAGCGACGAACCGGUAACGUUGGAGGGCCGAGAGUGGCGGGUGAGGCUGGAACAGGUACGGCUGGCCCGGCAGGCGCUAGCUGAGCGCGAGCAGAGCAUCUCGGCACUGGAGGAGGUGUUGUUGCUGACACGGGCAGUGGAGCUGCAGAUACUGACUGGGCGGUUGGAGGGCAUUUAA